ACUCUGGCCGGAGGAGGAUGCAGGAUGAGGGCCUUGAAGGUUUCCCAGGCAUUGAUUCGUUCCUUCAGCUCAACCGCCCGGAACCGUUUGGAGAACCGAGUGGGUGAGAAACAGAAACUCUUCCAGGCGGACAAUGACCUCCCGGUGCACUUGAAGGGCGGGGGAACCGACAAUGUUCUGUACCGACUGACCAUGGCGCUGUGUUUUGGAGGCACCGUCUACAGUCUGUAUUGUCUUGGCUGGGCUUCCUUCCCCCAUAAGAAGUGAGACCAAGAAGCCUUCAGGACCUGAAGGACUUGAACAGACGUCAAUAAAUGCGCUGGCUUCUUGGGGAACCCAAAAAAAAAAAAAAAAAAAAGAA